CUUUCCCUUUGCUGCUUUCCCUGUUCCCAUAUUUUACUUCUCUCUCUGUUUUUCUCUGUCUCUGUCUCUGUCUCUCUCUUCGCUCCAAAGGCUCCAGCUUGAAGUGCAACGCCGUUCUGGGAUUCUCUCUCUGAGAUCCAAAACCACUCCUCUCUUCCAAUCUGAAAUCUUUGCCUCUUCAAAACCCAAUUCCAGCCACAAACCAAACCCACUUCAACUCCACUCACAAAACCCAUUACUUUCUUCUCUCAAAGAUUCUAUCUUUUUCCCAUUUUUUAUGUUUAUAUAUAUUUCCUAGGAAAAACUUUAGUGAUUAACGCCUUCUUAGAUCCCCCAAAGUUAGUUUUUUCCGCUCGAUUACUCUGAAGAAGUUAUAGUUUUUCUCUCUGUGAUCUGUAAAAUCUUCGUUUCCAGCUGAAUUAGAUUCCAUUUCAAUACAAGGAGUAGCCAUUCUAGUCCCCUAAGAACUCAAAGACUUGUAAAGUUGCUUUCUUUGUUUGACAAGUUGCAAUUGGAAUUUUGGGUUUGAUCAUUGCUUGAUGUUAUUGAGCAUCUGGGUACUUAAGUUUGUGUGAAAUUUGGAUUCUUUCCUGCCUUUUGUGAUCUGGCUCUGAGCUUGAACUCAGGGUGUUAUAUGCGCCUAUUGGAUUGUUGCUUUGAAAGUUUUUGGAUGCUUUGUUACUGAGAUGCAGCCUGAUCAAAGAAAAAAGUCUGUGGAUGUGGACUUCUUCACUGAAUAUGGUGAGGGAAGUAGGUAUAAAAUAGAGGAAGUAAUUGGCAAAGGAAGCUAUGGAGUUGUUUGUUCUGCAUUUGAUACGCAUACUGGAGAAAAGGUAGCUAUCAAGAAAAUAAAUGAUAUUUUUGAACAUGUCUCGGAUGCCACCCGCAUCCUUCGUGAGAUUAAACUUCUUAGGCUCCUGCGUCAUCCAGACAUUGUGGAGAUCAAGCACAUUUUGUUACCUCCAUCCAGAAGGGAAUUCAAAGACAUAUAUGUUGUUUUUGAACUCAUGGAAUCUGAUUUACAUCAGGUUAUUAAAGCAAAUGAUGAUUUGACACCAGAACAUUAUCAGUUCUUUCUUUAUCAGCUUCUCCGAGGAAUGAAGUACAUACACACAGCAAAUGUUUUUCACCGAGAUCUAAAACCCAAAAACAUCUUGGCAAAUGCCGACUGCAAACUGAAGAUCUGCGACUUUGGUCUUGCUAGAGUAGCUUUCAAUGAUACUCCCACAGCUAUAUUUUGGACGGACUAUGUUGCCACAAGAUGGUACAGGGCUCCUGAGUUGUGUGGAUCAUUUUUCUCAAAGUAUACACCUGCAAUAGAUAUCUGGAGCAUUGGGUGCAUCUUUGCAGAGCUUUUAACUGGAAAGCCUCUUUUUCCGGGCAAAAAUGUUGUCCAUCAGUUGGACCUCAUGACUGAUUUAUUGGGAACACCAUCUGCUGAAGCAAUUGCUAGGGUACGCAAUGAGAAGGCUCGCAGAUACUUAAGCAGUAUGAGAAAGAAGAGGCAGAUUCCUUUUUCCCAGAAAUUCCCAAAUGCAGACCCACUUGCUCUACGUUUAUUAGAAAGAAUGUUAGCUUUUGAACCGAAGGAUAGACCUACUGCUGAAGAGGCUCUUGCUGAUCCCUAUUUCAAGGGUUUGGCAAAAGUGGAGAGAGAACCUUCGGCUCAACCAGUUACCAAGAUGGAAUUUGAGUUUGAGAGGCGAAGGAUAACCAAAGAAGAUGUUAGAGAGCUUAUUUAUCGUGAGACUCUCGAGUAUCAUCCUAAGAUGUUGAAAGAGUACUUAGACGGAUCAGAGCCAACAGGAUUCAUGUAUCCAAGUGCUGUUGACCAUUUCAAGAAGCAAUUUGCAUAUCUUGAGGAGCACUAUGGAAAUGGCACAGUUGGUGCUGCACCUGAGAGGCAACAUGCAUCACUACCCAGGGCAUGUGUUUCGUAUACCAAUAACUCAGUGCAGCAACCAACAGAAGUCACAGAAGACCUUGCAAAAUGCUGCAUCAAAGAAAUUGAGAAGCCAGUGGACAGGAACUGCGGAAUCCCUACAACAAAGCCUCCAAUUCAAGCUCCUCAGACCAUCCAAGGAGCUGCAAGGCCUGGCAAAGUUGUUGGCUCAGUGUUACGUUUUAAUAAUUGCGGGGCAGCAGCUGCAGCAGAGACUCUUGAGCAGCGAAGGAUGGUUAGGAAUCCAGUUGUUCCAACUCAAUAUACGGCUGCCGCAGGCUCUUCAUAUCCUAGAAGAAAUGCAUCCUGCAAAAAUGAGAGGGAAGACAAUGAAGUGGAAGGUUCAAAUGGGUUGCUGCCAAAGCCCCCUCAAUACAUUCCAAGGAAAGUUGCUGCUGCACAAGGUGGAUCUGGAAGUCAAUGGUAUUGACUACAUGAUGGGUUCACAUGGUGGAAUCCACUGGCCACAACAAAUGUUGGUUGGGACAGUCAUGUACCACAUGCUAACCAGGAUUAAUUCAUCACUAAUUGGAACUUCAUCAACUUAAGUGAUACAGUUGCCGGUUCCAGGUAUUGCAUAGCCACAUCUGAUGGAGGAAGUUUAGCUACUAAGUUCUACUUUAUAUCACUAAUUUGAAGUGAAGGAGUUGUAUGAUCUCUCUUACAUUACGAUUAUCUGAUUCAGAUCAGAACCAAGACAUAAAAGGGCGUGUGAAAAUUUGAAUGAAGUAAAUGUCUAGUUAUUCAUUAGCUUAACCAGUUGUUUCUAGUCUGUCAUUCUUUGCGAGCUAAGUCGAGUUCUUUUGUAUGUUAUCACUUCAGGUAUAAGAUCAGAGACUCUAUGUUA